GAUCCUUUUUAAAAGAUGCUUGCCAGCAAGAAGAGCUUUUGGAAUCAAAUUUGUCAAACACAUUGGAGUGGUCUAGAUAUUGGUGUGGUAUUCGUGAUGGAAAUGUUUUACAGAUAUAAUUUAAUUUACUUGCUGGCUUCAUCAGUUGCCUAUUGCAAUGGAUUUGACUUUGGAAAAAUUCUGAAAAACGCACGUGAGCAGGCGGUUAUGGCACUGGGCGAUUCUUAUGUAGAAUGUUUUAUCCAUCAAUAUUGCGAUUGUGAACUAUCUGACGAGGAAUUAAAGUGUUUUGACUAUUUGCAUAAGGAUACAUAUCACGCUUAUAGAGUAUGGUGGAAUGCUGAGUGUGAAUAUAAUGAUGGAUAUGUUUUCCCGGAAUGGAAAAAUGGUUCUUUAUCUUCUGAUAUAUUACUACCCUUGGUCUGCAACAACAGAGACCUGACGAAGAAAUGCAUUUUGAAAACAGUCAAUCCAAUUAUUGAUUAUAAUAGCAAGCUAGGAAGAGAAAAAAAUGUUCCAAGCCGUAAGGAUGAGUUUGAUGCUAUGGAAAAACAUCGGACUUGUCAAGCGGGAAUCAUGUCCUCUUGCAUGGCAUUUCCUUAUUAUUGCAAAAAUGAUUUGCUCUGAUGGAUGGAGAGAAAGAUGAAAAGACGAAUAGAACAAAUAGAAAAAAAGAUCAGUAAAACAGAAUAAAUAAUAUAAUUAGCUACUUGAUUAAAAAAUUGCUGAAUUGGAAAAGGA